GUGGGAUUCCGCCUCCAGUCCGAAUCGUGCGCUCGGUCGGUCGUUCGCUCGCUCGCUCAUUCGCUUGAGCACCAUUUCCCAAGUCUCUGCCAUUCGGGAUCUGCACAAAGGCAAUCCCUCAGUUUCGCUGUCGGCGUUGCCCGCUCGACUGAAUUGCUCAACGAGCAUCGCAGCUCCCUUUCUCUCAUCAUCCAUCGCUUGCAUUCUUGCAGCCUCUCUCCUCGCCAGCCAUCACGGCAAGCAGCUCAGAAACCAACCAAACAAAGCAACUUGAAAUUCAACCCGAGCAGCAAUGUCCUCUGCACCCAAGGCCGACGACAAGCCGAACGAGGUUCUUGGCCCUCGCGGCAACAAGCAAAAGUUUGUCACCAAGACCCCUCUGGGCCGCCCCAUCCCCUCGAGCGAGCGCGAGAUGGCCGAGGAAAAGGCAAACAUCUGGUCCAGAGUCACCUACGCCUGGAUGGACCCGGUCUUUUUCCUUGGCUGGAAUCGCAUCAUCGUCGAGUCGGAUCUGUGGCAGAUCGGCACCCGCUUCAAGGCCGACUCGCUCUACGACGCCUUCAUGAAGCACUGGAACGCCGAGGUCCAUCAUGCUGACCCCAAUCACAAGCCCUCGCUGGUCAAUGCCCUCUACAACUACCUGUUCUGGCGAACCGCCCCCGCCGGCCUCCUCAAGGUCUGGUCGGACAUGGCAACCAUCGUUUCGCCCUACGUCCUCAAGCUUCUGGUGACCUACAUGUUCGAAUACCAGAAUGCCGCUGCAGGGGGUGUCCCGCCGCCACCGCUCUCCCAAGGUCUUGUGUAUGCCUUCAUCAUCCUGGUCCUUCAGAUCACCUCAUCCUUCUUCCUCGGCUACUACUUCCAACUCACUACCACCAGCGGCAUGAGCCUGCGUGCCACCGUUACGACUGCCGUAUACCGCAAGGCCAUGCAGCUCUCUGCUGCCGCUCGCCAGGACUUUAACACCGGCAAGGUCGUCAACGUUAUCUCCACCGAUGCCAACCGCAUGGAGAUCUUCAUUACCUAUAUGCACGUCCUGUGGACCUCGCCUCUUCAAAUCGUCGCCAUCUCGAUCUUCCUGAUUGUCUUCCUGGGCCCUGCUGCCAUUGCCGGUAUCGCCCUGCUCUUCUUGCUGCUCCCGAUCCAGUACCUCCUCACCAAGCGCCUGGGCGCCAUCCGCAACUCGGUCGUUCCCCUGACCGACCAGCGUGUGCGUCUCACCCAAGAGGUCCUUUCCGGCAUCCGCGUCAUCAAGCUCUUCACCUGGGAGACGCCCUUCCUCAAGAAGAUCGCCGACAUCCGAAACAAGGAAGUCCACCAGAACCUGCGCCGCAGCAUCAUGCAGUCCAUCUCGACCACCCUGGCCUUUUCGAUUCCCGUCCUCUCUGCCCUGAUCUCCAUCUCGGCAUACGCCGCUCUCAACACACUGACUCCCCAGAGCGCCGGCAUCCUGUUCUCGUCCCUGACCUGGUUUUCGAUCCUGCGUUUCCCGCUGAUGUUCAUCCCGGCCGUCCUGGCCGGUGUCGCCGAUUUCCGUGUUGCCAUCACUCGUGUCCAGGCGCUCUUGCUUGCUCCCGAGCUCGAUCCGCCUUAUCCCAUCGAAAAGGAGGCCCCUUACUCGAUCAGCAUCGAGAACGGUACCUUUAUCUGGGAAUCGGCCCCCCCUGCCCCCAAGGACGAAGGCAAGAAGGACAAGAAGGACAAGAAGGACAAGAAGGACAAGAAAGACUCCAAGAAGAACGGCGGCAAGACCCAGCCCGAAGCCGAGUCUCAAAAGACCAUUGCCGAGUCGGACACCAGCAAGGCUACCCCCGGCUCCACCGUUGAUCUCGCUGGUGUCACUGCCGCCAAGUCCCAGUUCUCGAUCAACAACAUCACCAUCAACAUCCCCCGCGGCCAGCUCGUGGCUGUUGUUGGAAGCGUCGGCGCCGGCAAAUCGUCUCUGCUGAACGCCUUGGUCGGUGAGAUGCGCAAGGUGGAGGGCACGGUCACCUUCUCGGGCAACGUCGGCUAUUGCCCGCAGCAAGCUUGGAUCCAGAACGCAACCGUGGAGAAGAACAUUACCUUUGGCCUGGAAUACAACCGCGAGCGCUACCUCCAAGUCAUCAAGGCGUGUGCCCUCGAGAAGGAUCUCGAAAUCCUGCCCGACGGCGAUCAGACCGAGAUCGGCGAGCGCGGCAUCAACCUCUCCGGCGGCCAGAAGCAGCGCAUCAACAUUGCCCGCUGCCUGUACUUUGACAGCGAGAUCUGUCUGAUGGAUGAUCCCCUGAGUGCCGUCGACGCCCACGUCGGCAAGUACCUGUUUGAAAAGUGCAUCAUGGACGCCAUGAAGGGCAAGACCCGCAUCCUGGUCACCCACCAGCUGCACUUCCUUCCCCAAGUCGACUACAUCAUCGUCCUCAAGAACGGAAACAUUGCCGAGCGUGGCACCUACUCCGAGCUGAUGCGCGCCGGAAGCGAGUUUUCUCUUUUGAUGCAGACCUACGGAGGCGCCGAUGAGAACAGCGAAGAAGGCUCCUCUACCGACGGCGCCGAGGCCGACGACAGCAUCCAGGUCGACGCCAAGAGCACCACCGAAACCAAGAAGAAGGACGAGAUCGCCCAGGAUGCCCCCAAGAAGGCCCGCGAUCUGAUGAGCGCUGAGGAGCGUGCCACCGGCGGUGUCAACCGCGGCGUCUGGUCUGCCUAUGCUCGCGCCGGAGGUGGCUCCUUUUUCUUUGCCGGCCUGGUGCUCUCGCUGCUGCUCCUGCAGGCGGCCAGUGUCGGCACCAACUACUGGCUCGUCGUCUGGUCCAACAACGAGAUCCCCAGCUUCGGCAUGGGCGGAUACCUUGGCAUCUACUGGGGCCUGGGCAUCGUUCAAACCAUCUCGGUCUUUGCGUUCUCGGUCUUUUUCGCAUUCACCGGCAAUCGUGCGGCCCGUGUCCUGCACGAAGCCGCCUUGGCCCGCAUCCUGCGUGCACCCACGUCCUUCUUUGACACCACGCCCCUUGGCCGCAUCAUCAACCGCUUCUCCAAGGACCAGGACGGCCUCGAUAUCACCAUUGCCGACUCGUUUCGCAUGUUUGCCAACACCCUGGGCAGCUCCAUCGCCAUCUUCACCAUGAUUAUCAUCGCCACGCCCUUCUUUGCCAUCCCGAUGCUGCCGCUCCUCGGAGUGUACUACCUGAUGCAGGUCAUUUACCGCUCAACCUCGCGCGAGCUCAAGCGCAUGGAGUCCAUCACCCGCUCGCCCCUCUAUGCCCAGUUCGGAGAGACCCUGACGGGCCUGCCCACGAUCCGUGCCUACCGCGAGCAGCAGCGCUUUGUGGAGCGCAACUCAGCCACCAUCGACAAGAACAACGCGCCGUACUUUAUGCUCCUGGGCUCGCAGCGCUGGAUCGGCCUCCGUCUCGAGUCCAUCGGCGGCUUCCUGGUCUUCCUCGCCGCGCUCUUUGGCAUCCUCGCCCGCGACUCGAGCUACUUGACUCCGUCGCUCUUUGGUCUGUCGCUCUCCUAUGCCCUCCAAAUCACCGGAACCCUCAACUGGUGUGUCCGCCAGUUCACCGAGACCGAGAUUGCCAUGAACGCUGUGGAGCGCGUCGAGCACUAUGCCUAUCGAACCGAGGUCGAGGCCGAGGCCAUCGUCGAGCACAACCGCCCGCCCAAGAACUGGCCCGCACGCGGCGACAUCAAGAUCGAGAACCUGCGCCUGCGCUACCAGCCCGAGCUCCCCGAGGUGCUGCACGGCGUCUCGUUCGCGAUCCAGGACCGCCAAAAGAUCGGCAUUGUCGGCCGCACGGGCAGCGGCAAGUCGUCGCUGAUGGUGGCUCUCUUCCGUAUGGCCGAGCCUUCUGCGGGCUCCAAGAUCGAGAUCGACGGCGUCGACGUCCUCAACAUUGGCUUGACCGAUCUCCGCAGCAAGCUCGCUAUCAUCCCGCAGGACCCCACGCUGUUCUCGGGCACCAUCCGCACCAACCUCGAUCCCUUCAACGAGCACACUGACGACGAGAUCUGGGACGCCAUCGCCCGCAGCAACCUCAAGAACAAGGUCGUGGAGAUGGAGGGCAAGCUCGACGGCGCGGUGAGCGAAGGCGGCGAGAACCUGUCGGUCGGCCAGCGCCAGCUCCUGUGUCUGGCCCGUGCCAUGCUCAAGAAGCCCAAGGUCCUGAUCAUGGACGAAGCCACCGCGAACGUCGACUACGAGACCGACGCCAUCAUCCAGCAGUGUCUGCGCGAUGACUUUUCCGAGGCUACGAUCCUCACGAUCGCCCAUCGCCUGAACACCAUCAUCGACUACGACCGCGUCCUGGUCAUGGACCACGGCAACAUUGCCGAGUACGGCCACCCCUCGGAGCUGCUGUCGAACGAGAAUGGUGUUCUGUACAGCAUGGUGCAGGAGACCGGCCCGUCGAACGCCGAGCUGCUGAUUGGCCAAGCCAAGGCGGCGUAUGAUGCCACCCACGGCACCAACUCGAACUAGACCAGACCCCCAUACUCGAACCAUCUGAACGUGUGCAAAUCAAUGAAAGCCGCCGGAUCAUAUUAACUCCAGGGAGGGGGGAGUGCUCCACAACACAUCAUCAUCCUGGCACCCAUCCGCCUGUUUUCCGAUCCUGGCUGUGAGAAAUGGAAGAGGCCUCAACCCACAAACCUGUAUCGAGCAAUACCUAGCAACAAUAUCAAAUCACUCCCUGCUCCUCAA